UGCAGCCAACUUCUGGGCUCCCUGAGGCUUGAGGCUGGUAAUUCAGUACCAGUACCUGUGAAUCUAGCAAGGGGGCUCCAUCAACCCAGGCCAGUUCACACAAAUAUGCACCCCAAAGACUGGGCAAGUUCGGAGACACAAAAGCACGAUCUCAGCCCGAUGGUCCACCCGCCUCCGAAGCUCCUCCAUAUUCCAAGUGUCAAAUAAUCUCCUCCACCUCCGAGAGUUGUUGUGCAAGCCCACUCCAUCGACAGCUCGAUUCACACGCCACUGUAACUUCGAUGAUAAGAUAAACCAUAGUACUAGUGGUGUGGGCUGCUACUGACGCCUCACGACAGCAUCUAACCCUACAACACAUAUGAACUUGACAUCAGAUCUGGAAACCUGGCCGGAACUCUAUGGCGUUCCGUCUAUUUCUCGCCGAAUUAGUAUAGCAAGACCUCCGUCUGCGCCCUUUGAAGAUUCGGAUGUUCUGGUCUUGUCAUCGCGUUCAACGCUGCCAGACUCGACCACCGUCGGGAAUCUUCUGCUCUACCUCGACCUUCGACUUUCUUUGACUAUUACGUUGCGGAGCAGCAUCAACCAGGCCUCCGCAGGUCUACGAUAUACUAUCCCCCUCCCGGAAAGCGAUUCGUCAGCCAUAGCACGAUAUCGUUGGGAGCACAUCAUUGAUUCCCACGGGAGUGACGAACCCCCCGACGAAGGUACCAUAGUGAAGCGUAUCAAGGAGGACGGGAGCGAGGAGGAAGUAGAAAUCGGGUUAGGACUAGAUCCCGAUACCGGUAAAAUCGGGCUCUAUGAAGAGAUCUGGAAAGACGAGCCGUUGCCUGCUGGGUCGGCAUUCGCGUUUCUGAUUUCCGACACCAGUCCGAGCGCCUCAAAACAAUUUAUGGCUGUCGUUGGAGAACAUGGGAUGGUAUUGUCGCAUCACCGGCACGUAAGCCCACUCCGAGCCGCACGAAUCAAGUACGUGCAGAACCAUGAAACUGAUGAAUUUGAAUGGGAGACCACGUAUGCUAUUGGUGAUUUCUCGCUUGAAAAGCAACUGGAAAGAGUUGCGAGUGAGAUGACGUCUCGUGCGAGGGAAGGAGAGGCGCUGUGGAAACGAGGUGAAAUCAAGGUGGUGAAAGACCGGGAGGGUGGGGAGCUAGGGAGGUGGACUGGUGUGGGACGCGGGUUACACACGUUGAUAACUUUCGUCAGCGACGAUGUAAACCAAUGACUAGUUACCCAGCACGUUGAUGGACUAGUCUGAUGUGGUUGGCAC